CGGUAUUUCACUUUAGAGUCAUGUGCUGAACAUCCCUUGCUUCUGUGUCAUCUUGUGAUACAGCACAUUCUGCUUGUUGGCAAAGAUGAGUAAAAAAGGUCUAAAAAUUCAAUUCAUGGUUGACUUUGUCUUAGUUUUGAUUAUGAAACUAAGAUAAAAUGGCAAAAGAUGAUUUGUAAUAUCUCUUUUACCAGGGGUGCAGUAAAUGUGAUGGGUACUAUAUGUGCUGUGUAAGGGCACUAUGACGUAUAGGUUAUGACGCUCUAUCAAAAUAUAAUUAAAUGUGUGUGUUUGAUCCCAGCCGAUGCUCAGAGGCCCUGUAUCCUCACACGGCCAGACUCGGCUCAUUCCCCUGCUCCUGUCUGUUUGGCUCCUUCUUUUCAGAAGCUGGCGGCGGAGUGCCAGAGCGCGGGCUACCGCGGGACCCUCUUCCCCUACAAGUGUGACCUGUCCAACGAGGAGGAGAUCCUCUCCAUGUUCUCGGCCAUCCGGAUUCUGCACACGGGCGUGGACGUGUGCAUCAACAAUGCCGGACUGGCCCACUGCGAGCCGCUGCUCUGCGGGAGGACAGACGCCUGGAGGAACAUGAUCGAUGUGAAUGUACUAGCCCUGUCCAUCUGCACACGAGAGGCCUUCAAGUCGAUGCAGGAAAGACAUAUCGAUGAUGGACAUAUUAUCAACAUUAACAGUAUGGGCGGCCACCGGAUGUUUCCCAGUGCAGACGAGCACUUCUACUGCGCCACCAAGUACGCAGUGACUGCCCUGACAGAGGGCCUGCGGCAGGAGCUACGGGAGGCCAAGACCCACAUCCGCGCCACAUGUAUAUCUCCGGGUAUAGUGGAGACUGAGUUUGCUUUCCGGCACCACAAUACCGACCCAGAGAGGGCUGCAGCUGCAUAUGAAAGUAUAAAGUGUUUGAAAGCCAAGGACAUAGCCAGCACCGUCAUGUAUGUUCUUAGUGCUCCUCCACAUGUCCAGAUAGGAGAUAUACAGAUGUGGCCACUGGAACAGGUGCUAUAGCAACAGGAUUGGUCCAUAUAGCCUAACUGGCUGAGCAGAUGAAGAGAGCAGUGUUGGCAGCGCGUCAGCAGCUAACUAGCGCCACCUUUAGGUGACCGUGUGCAAAACCUAGUUCAAAGCCAGACGGAUACGUCAAGACUUUGCUUUCGUUUUUUGAAGGGAUACCAUGCCCCUGGCUGGCAGGAGGGGUAAUUUGCUGUUGGGAAAAUUACCUCAGCGUCUGCAAUGUCCAAGGUGUGUGGUUGGUUGUCUCUGUCAAGAAAAGAAUUGUAAUAAGGUCAGCUGUAUGACCAGUUUUUACAUAGUUUUUAGGUCAUAUCAUAAUAUGUUUCGUUGAAAGACAGAAAGGGGAGAAACUAAAGCACAAUACUGACUAUUGUUGUAGCUUAAUCUAGUCUUUGUUGAAAGACAUUUAUGUACAUUGAAGUUAACACAAUCGAUUGUUCAGUUUGACUACUGCUCAAUGCCAUUUUUGACUGAAACUUAGUUAUUUUAUGUCUGUUAUCUUCUGUCACCCUGAUAUCACUCUUGGGGAGGAUGAGCCUCUUAAACCUUUACCCUAUUCUUUAGAGAUGUCUAGACAGAAUGUCCUCGAUUAAAUCAACAUCACUAUGCAACUUUUGAAGUAGGCUACUUAGGAAACGCAUCAAGGGACACCAUAUCCACUUAUGGGCAGAGUGUCAUGUGCAAUGGAGGGUUGACCAUCUGUUUUCAACAUCUUAAAUUCCUCACUGGACAUUUGUGCUAAUCUAAUUUUGAUACCAGUUAUGACCGACAGUCUAUGGCUAUGAUGGCUUGUAUUUCAGUGUUAUGAAGGGCAUGUUUUGUUGAAUGUCUCCAUGUCUCAAGAUUGACACUUCUCAAACUGAAUAAGGUUGUAUGUUCUGAAUUUGUGCUCAUUGUUCUGUGCCUAACAAUGAAGUGUUGUACAGCAGGAACCUGAAAAUGAAAACUACAACCUUACUGUAUAUGCCUGAAAUCCUUCCUAGAAAGGAAGAUUACUGAACUGUUUGUGAUGAUAAAGCAUGUUUUGUCUUUACACAAAGUCUCUCAAAAAUUAAAAUGAGAAGAUACAAAAUGUU